AUGUUCGCUUCCUCCAAGACCAUCGUCCUCCUCCUUGCCAGCCAGCUUGCAGUCAUCAGCGCCACUGUCCUCGAUACUCGCGGAAACGGUUGCUCUGGCUUCGCCGGCGUAGUGAAUGGCCAAUGCGCAAAGUACUACAAGGAGCCGGAUUGCGCUGGAGAAUCUCUGAUGGGCGAAUUCAAGACCGACUGCAAGAAAGAGUGCCACAACAUUGUGGGAGGCUUCCGUAGCAUCAACGUCGACGGCGACGGCACGUUCGGCACGGGCUGCGAGGGCUACAGCGGAGCUGACUGCGUGGAAAACGCACAGGUUCUGGACGCUGGUGAUGCUUCGCACCACACUACUUCCAAAGCGCAGCAGUGCAAGAGCCAGGGGGACUUGAUGUACAGCUUGAAAUGCACCUUCAAGUGCUAA